CUUUGACUUUGUGGCAAAGAUGAAACUCUUUCACAGCAGAUUUGACCUCUUCUGUUUGACCCUUUGAGUGUUUACACUGUGCUUCAACAAGUGUUCAGUUAAGUAGGGCUUGUUCCAGCAUGUAAAGUACCAGAACAAGAUCAUCAAUUUCAGCAGUGUUUUUCCUGUUGUGUGAGAAUAUUGCUGUGUGCAGCUUAUUUUUCUGAAUGGGGUUAUUUUGGGCCCUCCACCCAAGAGGUUUUGGCCUGAAUACAAGAAAAUUAAACAGAACUGAUACAAAAUCAUGUUUUUAACGUAAUCUCUGUUGAUUUAGAUUCCAUUUACAGAGAUAAACAGACAUUUUUGUUCAGCAAAUGGUCAGAAAUCAUACGUGAAUAAAUCUGCUUUUACAGAUUGUGCAUGCAAGUGUAAUAUCUCCCAAAAAGCAAGUUCUGUGCCAGGAAAAACAGCCAAAUCUUAACCUAAUAAAUUUAAAAGGCAGCCAGUCUGUAAUCAUAACAUUGUUUGUCAAUCAGAAAAUUCAAAUUAAAUCUGCAUUAACUGAUGUUUUAACCACUCAGGAGCCAGUGCAACAAGCUUUAAAUGAAGUUGAAAUGACUGAAAUGUUCGCAUACUGUUGCUUAUCGACGUAUACAGCAAAAAUGUGACAGUCAUGUGAGUAAUAUUUGCCCUCCUUUGGCUCAGUUUGUGCUCUGCAGUAACUGCUGAGGAAGAUAUCCAACCCUUUAGAGCUUUAUGUUCUUCUCCUAGUCGUUAAGUUUGGUGGUGAGCUGGAGGUGUGCAGUGUUUUCUUCUUUUUAGUUUUUCCACCGAAAAUAACUGCCUAUUAUGCAAAUGAAAAGCAGUAGAGCAUCAAUUUUUAUAGAUAUGAGGAAAAAGUGAACUCGGCCUUUGUGUAUAUCUGUAAAAGUAUAAAAAAAGAGUAGUUUUAAAUCAUUUCAAUGAGUUGUUUGGGCUCGUCUUGAACCGACAGCAGACCUCAUUUAUUCUCUGUUGCUCAUAUCUCGGUCAGUGAUGCUCUGCUAUUAUUAACUGUACACAAACAUCUCUGGCGUCUGUUGGCCCCAUGAACUUGGGUGUGAUGCUGAAUGUGCAUCCAGAUAUUAUGACCACAGAAUCCUGUGGCUGCUGCAUGAACAGCUCUCACAGUCCAAACUGCAGAAGCACACAUGAGUUCACUGGGUGCGGACAAAAAGCAGGAGGAAAAAUCCCGUUACGUAACCAGACGGAGAGCUUGUAUUUGACUGCGGGGGAGGAGGGAUCGUCAGGGGUGGGAUUUGCCCUCAUGCUCCCAUUACAUGUGCUAAUUUUACCCUCGUGUAACCUCACUCCUCUUUGCCCCCCUGCAGGAGGAACUCAGUGAGAUGAAAGUCAUAGUACGUUGCGUUCCUAAAGCAGAGAUUAGAUGUUGGAAAGGGAACAGGGCUCGUUUUUCCGUGGGCGGAAAAAUAGAGUUUAGAGUUUUAGGACGUGCAGCUGCACUUUUAGUACAUCCAGCAUACAUUAACUCGGGACACACGCCCAGACGGGCCAAACAGACAGUCUGAUCCUGUCUGAUAGUGUUCACACCCACAUUUAUAUCACUAUAGUCAACUCCCUCCACUCCAAAAUAACGUCAGUCCUAAACAAAACGAAUAAGAGAGGUCAAAAUGACCUUAAAUGAAAAGUCGUUCCCUCCCUGCUACAUUCUUCUCUCCUUGUUGUUUUUGUGUGCAAAGGAAACUCGAUGCUUGCAUGUGCUUCCUUGAUAAGAAUAAUUAAUGGGCUGCUGAUGGAGAGACUGCACUGGGCAAACAUGAACAGAAGUACAAUGCCGUUACAGGGGAAUGGGUUCAAGACCAGAUCCACAUGAAGAUGGGUACACAGCCUUUUGGGAAAGGGGCCAUGAGGGAGUGCUUCAGAGCGAAGAAGCUGUCGAAUUUCUCACACAGCAGCAACUGGAAGUCGGCGUCCAACUAUGUGGCCAAGCGUUACAUGGAGACGGUGGAUAGAAAUGUUUACUUUGAGGACGUCAGGCUGCAGAUGGAGGCCAAACUUUGGGGCGAGGAGUACAAUCGCCACCGACCUCCCAAACAGGUGGACAUCAUGCAGAUGUGUGUGGUGGAGAUGACAAACCGACCCAGUAAACCUCUCUUCCACCUGGAGCAUUACAUCGAGGGCAAGUACAUCAAGUACAACUCCAAUUCCGGCUUUGUCAGGGACGACAACAUCCGCCUCACUCCACAGGCCUUCAGUCACUUCAGCUUUGAGCGGUCGGGCCACCAGCUGAUCGUGGUGGACAUCCAGGGAGUCGGCGAUCUCUACACCGACCCUCAGAUCCACACAGCGAAGGGGACCGACUUUGGAGACGGAAAUCUAGGUGUUCGAGGCAUGGCCCUGUUCUUCCACUCGCAUCUGUGUAACAAGAUCUGCAAAAGCAUGGGCCUGACGCCUUUCGACAUUUCCCCUGCGGAGAUGUCCCAGCUGGACGGCACCAACAAACUGCUCAAGUCAGCCCAGACUGUGCUGAGAGGCUCAGAGGAGCACUGCGGUUCUCCUCGUGUUCGCACCAUGUCGGCCAGCCGGGCGCCUCCGCUCCUAUCCCGCCUGUCUGAGACCUCGUCUGCAGAUGAGAGCAUGAGCGACAUGGAAUCGAUCCCCUGCUCCCCUCUCAUCCUUCCCUGCUCCCCCCCAACUGCAGCUGGCUCUAUAGGCUCGUCUUUUAUCGGAAUGUAUGAACACGACAGAAUGAGCAACACAAGCGAACACAGGGAAUCAGAAAACGGCGGGGACAGCGGCUACCCGAGCGAGAGGAGGAGUGAAGGAGACCCAAAUGACCACAUAGACGGGAUCCAUCAUCGCUACAACAGACAAUAUUCAGAGUCGGACGAGGAAAGUGUCAGACGGAGGAAGAUGGUAGCUCCUCCAAGAGUCUCUGCGAACUUAAACUCAAACACUCCUGACAACGAAUGGUUGACCGAGGAGAAGUGGACCUUCUAUCACUCAUCCCGCGCUCACGUCCACCGACCUUCCUGUGUGGCCACCGAGGUGGAACGACUCAACAAUCUGCUGCAGAAGAAGAUCGGCCAGUCGAUUCUUGGAAAAGUCCACUUGGCUAUGGUCCGGUACCACGAAGCGGGUCGUUUCUGCGAGAAGGACGAACAAUGGGACCAGGAGUCGGCCAUGUACCACCUGGAGAGAGCUGCCAUGUGUGGAGAACUGGAGGCCAUCGUAGCUUUGGGACAGUGCUGUCUGCAGCUACCUCAUCAUAUACUGCCAGACAUGGAGCUGGAGGAUAAUGCAGGAAACAGGAUGAGAGGUUUCAAGUAUCUGCUGCAGGCUGCUGAGGCUGGCGACAGAUCUUCUAUGAUCAUAGUGGCCAGAGCCUUUGAUACUGGAGUCGGUCUGUCUGCUGACAGAAAGCAGGACUGGGCCGAGGCGGUUCACUGGUACAACAGUGCGCUGAACAUGAUGGACUACGACGAAGGAGGAGAGUUCGAUGGGACCCAGGACGAGCCUCGCCACCUUCUGCUGGCCAGAGAGGCAGAGAUGUACCAGGAGGGAGGCCACAACCUCGCCGCAGACCCACAGAGAGCAGGUGACCUUUUUACUGAAGCUGCAGAAGCCGCCAUGGCGGCCAUGAAGGGUCGACUGGCUAACCAGUACUACAUGAAAGCUGAAGAAGCCUGGGCACAAAUGGAGGAGUAACUCCACGACAUAAAAGAGAUUUAUUUUAACCUCCAAAAAGGCCACGAGACUUGAUGUGUGGCUGUUUUUCUUUCUUUUUUUGUUUUUUUUACACAUUCUGGGUAAAACCUGAAUGACUUCAGUUUACAUUACUGUUUUUAUGACAGAUUUUUUUGGUGUUGGUGGUUUGUUUGUGUGCGCGUUUGGUGUGUGUUGAGCCAUUCAGCAUCAGACUUUUAUCUUCAGGAUUCUUUCUGUAUGGUUGUAAAGCUAGAUUUCCUGGCUCCUCAUUUCUUUCAUUUCAUGUCUAUAUUAACCUUUAGAGUUAAGUUAAUGUGAUUCUAUGAAUGAAAAGGUCUGACCUAUCAAAAAAGAUUUACUUAUUUUGACCCAGAUGUUAACAUGUUUAUGUUUAAGAGAAUAUGUGUGAUAAAGAAAAGUGCUUGGAAUAUGAAACUGUAAAAUAAAAGUUUGCCUUUCUUUUUACCAAU